AUGCCGUCUGGUUCGCCUGUCUCCGUUUCAAACCCCCUCAAGCGCGCGCGUGUCGAUGACGGCGAGCUUGGGCAGGUCCCGUCUGCCCUGACGCAGACAGAACUGCACGCUCAGAUCAGGAAGCUGUCCCGCGACGAGCUGGAGGGUAUCCUUCUGGAUCUUGCCCCAACGACUGAAAGCGUCGCCAGUGCCGUGAAGACCUUGGUGGAGAAGAAGGAAGCGGCCGAGCGUGCUCGCGUGCACGACUUUGACCACUACUCCAAGUCGGCGUGGUAUGCGAUAAACAAGAAGCACGACCGGAAGUCGGGCUCAAAGCAGUACGAGGCCGGCUACGAGGUUGCGCAUGACAUCGAGGACAUGUUCAAGACGAUGUCGACGCAGACACAUGCGCACUCGCCGCUCGCGACUAAGCGUAGCGCGCUCGAGACGAUGCGCAAGAUCCUCAAGAGCAUCUGCCUCCACAACUCGGAGGUCGGGCGUGUCGUCAUGAACAACAUCUAUGGGCAGAUGGACUGUAUGAUCGCCGUUGCGAGGUGCUUUAAUGCCGAGGACGUGCGACAAGUCGCGGCUGAGGGCCUGCUCGACCGCAUCGAGGAACUCGAGCAACUGGCGAAGCAAUAUUGCGUGUUCGAGGAGCUGAACGAGGUGCUGGACAUUGUGAGUGCUAGGCUUGGAGUGGCGCUAACGUCAGCUUGA